AUGGCCAGGAUAUCUACUGAAAAAGAUGAAAAGAGACAUUCUAGUAUUGAACGGAUGGGAUUAACAUGGGCGUGAACCAUCUAUGUGGAAUGAGCCAGUAGUAGUUUAUCUACAAUGAAUUUAGAUUAUGCAGUAUUUCUGAGCUCCAACCCUAUGUCAUGCAGAGAGCUGGUUUGGUCGACUCGCAGUCGAGAACCUACUGAAGCAUGAAAUUGCGCCAUUACACUGAACUACAUUCCUCUGCCUUUUCUCUCUGUUCUCCUUCUUCUUUACAAUGAAUCAAAGAAAGCUUCUUCUUCGUAACAAGGUUGAGGUGAGGCAAUUUGAGGAAGGUCUACGUGGCUCAUGGCAUCCUGGAAUAGUUGUUGCAGUCUCUGACUUAAGUCGCUCUGUUGAGUAUGACGAGCUUCUAUGUGACAAAGGUGAGUCAAAGCUUGUAGAGGCCAUACCUGUUACAAAAGCGGUGGAGGGCCUCUGCCUCCGCCAUCGUGUCCGAACAACCUACCGUGGAUGUAUCCGACCCCCACCUCCCCCUUUGUCAACUAAAACAUGCCAGCGUAAGCUGACUUAUGGUCUCUGUGUUGAUGCAUUCUAUGAGGACGCAUGGUGGGAGGGCGUGGUGUUUGAUCAGGAAGAGGGUUCGGAGGAACGUUCUGUGUUUUUUCCUGACGAGGGGGACGAGCGCAAGUUCAAGGUUGAUGAUUUGCGCAUAAGCCGUGAUUGGGAUGAAUUCUCGGGUGGUUGGAGAGAUCGAGGCACCUGGGUUUUGAUGGGGUUGGCUGAGGAACUUGAGCGAGAUACACCGUUAUCUGCUUUUGUGAAGAAGCUUUGGUACAAUUUACGAGUUAAUGCUGGUUUUGUGGAAAUGAUUUCAGAGUGGACAUGUGGUAUCAAGAUUUUGUGGAGUAAGUACCUCAUGCAGGUUGCUAUGGAGAUUGCAGUUGAAUCUAGUCGCCAAGUGCUUCUUCCACCCAAUCUUCCAGCUGGUGUCUCGAGGAAAAAAGGGAAAAAGUCAAAAAAUUCUAAGCAGAUUGAUACUCACUUGCUGUUGCGUGCUCCAGAUUUUCAACAAGGCAGCUGCAAUAGCUUCCACAUUGACACAAGCAUAAAUAACGUAAAAUCAUCUCCUGUUUUACCCAAACAAAAGAAGCAGUCAAUUGAUUUGCAGUGGGUAUUGCAGGGCAUUCACAACCAAGGCACGGGUAAUGCUUGCAUGGCUAAUAAUUCUAGAGGAAAAAAUGUAAAGGCAGUUAAUAACUCACCUAAGGAAAUCAAUAAGACUGUUACUAAAGGAAGGAAUUCUAAAAGACCAAAGAAGAGUAAGGUCAACUCAUGUUCACAGGCUGUGGUAGUUGAGAAAGAAAACUCUGAAAGCAUUCUGGUCGACUGCUCUGGUCAGGCUAAAAAGUUGUCUCUUAUUUUACUACCUCAACAAGAAAAUGAGCCACUUAAGUUGAGACUGAAAAUAUUGGAACCAGAGUCCCUUGUGAUUUCAAGUGGGAAAGAGGAAAUAGUGAAUGAUGCUUCUCUCGUGCACAGUAAUGCUACUACUGAAAGUACCUGUGAUCCUGUCCCCUUUGAUUUCUCAGCUCAGUGUAAAAGAAAGAUAUCCGGUAUCGUUCAACCUAAAGAAAAGAAGAAGCCAGUCAAGAAAAUAUUGACGCCAAAAAAACCAAAGGGCCUUGUAAUUCAUGAAACUAAGGAUAAGGGACUUCUAGUUGACACCUCAGGCACAGGAAAUGAAAUGUCAACUGAUGUUUUCUUUAAACAGUGUAAUGUUGUUGGUAAAGAUAACAGAAAACCAAUCCCCAUUGAUUGCCUUGGUCAGAGAAAACGACGGGUAUUAUGUGUUCCGCCCAAUAAUAAGAAGCUUAGUGCCCAGACAAAGAAGACCGUAGAGAAACCAAAGGACCUUUUGUUGCACCAAACUAAGGAUAAUGAAUCUCUGGUUGAUCACUUAACUGGAAAAAGUGAAAAGGCAUUACAAAGCAAUCACUCAGUUCUUGAAAGGCAGAAUUUGAUGGAACCAAAUCAAACUGGGAAUAUGAAUAUCUUAACAGUGGCAUUUCCCAUCAGUCACGAGAGAAGGAAGAGAAAGGCUUCAUUUUCUGUCACUAGAAAAAACAAUUGUCUACAUGCAAGAAAAAGGGCCUUUCAAGAAAUUCAGCAGGUCAGUGUUAAUAUCAAAUCACAGUCAGAGGAAGAUGAAGGGGCAAUUGAUUUAUCCCUUAAUCGAGCUGAUGGAUAUAUUAAACGUUGUUGUCACUCUCUUCUGUCUUCCAAUUCUGACAAAAUGGUCAGGCUUAAAAAUAUGGUAUCCUGUCCUCAAAAGCGAAGGAAGAAGUAUCAUAGUAGCCAACAAAGUGAUGCAGUAUGCUUUGUGUGCCAUUUUGGAGGAAUGCUUAUUCUCUGUGAUUACUGCCCAUCCUCAUAUCAUUUGAGCUGCAUUGACCUUAAGGAUGUUCCUGAAGGGAAAUGGUACUGUCCUUCUUGUCGAUGUGGUAUAUGUGACUCGAGGGAUGCGAACACUGAUGGCCAGUCAUUCACUGAGAUUUGCUAUCAAUGCACACGCCAGUACCAUAAAGAGUGUCUCGGUAGAAUGAAAUUGCUAGCCACUCGAAGUUGUUCAGCAGAGACAUUUUGCAGUCAAAAUUGUUUGCAGAUAUUUAAGCAUCUUCAGCAAAUUCUUGGGAAACCAAAUCCAACAAGUGUGAAAGGCUUAUAUUGGACUAUUUUGAGAUCAGGGAGAAAUGAUUGUAGCGUUCAUGAUUCAUCAUCAAGGAUGCAUAUCAAUAUUAAGCUGUCUCGUGCUGUUGAUGUCAUGCAUGAGUGCUUUGAGCCUAUCAUUGAGCCCCAUACAAAAAGAAAUAUUGUUGGGGAUGUUCUUCUCAAUAGAGUAUCAAAUAUUAGGAGAUUGAACUUUAAUGGAUUUUAUACAAUGGUUCUGCAAAAAAGAGAUGAAUUGAUAUCUGUGGCCACAGUGAGGGUCCAUGGACAAAUGGUUGCAGAGAUGCCUCUAAUUGCAACCCGUUUUCAACACCGCCAGCAGGGUAUGUGCCAUCUUCUUGUGAAUGAACUGGAGAAGAUGCUAUCUAGAUUGGGAGUAGAAAGACUUGUCUUGCCGGCUAUUCCUCAGCGAACACAAACCUGGAAAACUUCCUUUGGGUUUACAGAGAUGCCAAUUGAGGACAGAUUAGAUCUUAUGGGUUAUCCCUUCCUGGGUUUUCAGGGCACCACGAUGUGCCAAAAAUUCCUUCCCAGGCCUAGUAGAAUAGUCAAAUCAAGAGGCAAGUCCAGAAGAUUAAGGGAGAGGCUUUUGGAAAAUUUUGUGGAAAAUUAUGUGGGUGAUUGCAAGCAAAGAUUCAGUGGCUUUUGCUAUGAGCGCAAACUGAGGAAGAACUUGGGGAAGAGAACAUAGAGAGUUCUGAUGGAAAUACAUAAAAUGUGCAAGAACGUUUAGAGGUGAAGAGCGCUGUCUAGCGAAGGUAUGAGUAUAUAUCGGUAGCUACCUACUGCUCAAGCAAACUUUAGUUGAUUUCUAUUGUGCAUCCAAUUGCUGAUGCCAUGAUUCUUUUUGUUUUUUCCUUGUUAGCUUAGCCUCGGGUUAUAUAUAGGUUGUACAGUGCUUUAGCGGGGAAAAAUUUAAAAGAAAUUGCAAAUGACCGUUACCCAUAUGUUAAUUUAAAGCAAUAUAGGGGACAGGAUUCAGGAAUGGCUGUACAUAGGAUAAGCUAAUUUUUCAUGUACAGUGGAUAAUUGUCAAGUUGAAUUAGUUCUUCAAAGCAAGCUUUAUGCUCCCAGUGGAAAUUUAAUAAUGCAGAGCUCUCUGUAUUUGUGCACCAGCCCGGAACUUUGUAGUGUGAGGGUUAGCACUAGCAGUUGACCAUGGCGGGACACAGGGUGGAAAGAUGAUGACUGGCUGCAAACUAGUUUGCACUUAGAAUAUGAAUCUGUGAAAGAUUCAUAUUUCAUAAUGGUCCAGCCCUGCCAAAUGAAGGGGAGUUUUUACACCACUGGAAACAUCGACUGUGAUUCUAUGAACAGAAAUAAGACUUUUAGAAAAUACAAAUCCGACAACUAAUAGAAACAGCAGGGGCAAGAGAUGGACUUGAUGUGCUUGUUCCGAAGGCCUUUAAAAGGGCUGCUCAAGCAGUGACUAGUAGUGGAAGGACUGGAGGGGGUUGAUGGAGCCCCCGGCAGCGUAUGUAGUAGAAAAACUCCACGAUGACCGACCAGAUCAUCUUCUUCACUCGACCUCUCUCCGGAGGCAUCGUCGGAGAAACGUCUGCGUACUGGAGCUUGACCGCACCGCGAGUUGAAGCUCAGAGCUUGAUGCCUCUUCCAACGUCAGGCUCUCUCUCUCAGCGUAGUUGUGAGUGAAACAGGGUCUCUUUUACGCGGAACUUAAAAUUGCAGAAUGCAGAUAUAAAGUGGAGAGAAAUCGGAGUUAAAUAGUAGGAACUCUUUUAAGUUUAGCAAAUUGCAGAUAGAUACUCUGUAAUUUGGGAUAGUUGCACUUGUAGGGCUUAAAAUUUUCGAAUGUUCUAUUUUAAUACCUGGAACUACCAGACAUAUACAUUCCAAAGUGAGAACUCUUUGUUUUC